AUAGCCUACGCACCUGUAUUUUGUAUAUUCUAACGUCGUCUGUUUUGAUAGCUGUUGUGGUUGUCGCUCGGCGUCUCGCCUCGGCUCAUCUCUCUCUGAUACCUUCGGGUCCUAGUAUAAUAGACCUCGAAGUAGACGGUUCGCUUCAAACCCACCCUACACGGGACAGUCUGGGAGUCCUCUAGUAACCGUCAUUUUUACCGUACUUGGACUUCGUUUCUGACCCACAGUGAUCAUACUAUUUGCAAGUCAAUGGCAAGACCUCACGAAGAACUCUACGUAUUGUUCAAUUGCCUACGCUCUGUUAGCAUUGGGUUGGACUCAUACGAGCCCGACUCCCAGCAAUUGCCAAUCAUCGACUCAUCCGAGUCAGGAGAAGAAAUGAGUGAAGCAAAGCCUCAGACCCGAGAAGUAUUGCCUGGCUUGCGGUUUCUACGAGAAGAAGUGAAACGAGACGUGCAAGUUCUCCAAAAGUUUCUUGAUCAACCAGGAUCGACAUCUCUUCCUCCUCUCUCGACCAACGCACCAUAUCUUGUUGCAGUAUGGCAGGAACUGCUUCAAGCUCGCGGGGCUGUCGCUAUAUACCGGACAUUCUACGCCGCCGCUCAUCCUGAGGCCUCCCGAAAGCCCAAGAAUGGCUCAGCCAAAGGGCGUGGCGUCAAGGUUGAUGUGGUCUCUGACAAUGGGAGACGUUGGAUCAGAGUCAAUACGAUAAAGAACAGUCGCAUUUUAAUGGAGUUUUGUGAGAUGGACUCAUAUCUUACCAGCUCUGAUGAGGAUGACGGCGACGGGCACUCUUCCCUGAAGAAGGAAAAAUUGAUACCCCAAGAGUUUGACAAUUCCGUGCUGCGCAUGGGUCGUGAACUUCUGGAGGCUGCAAGGGCAAAUUCUCUCCAUGGAUCCAACGAAAUACCUUCCGUCACCAUACGUCUAACCCGACUAGAUCCUUCCCUCUCCGACCCCAACUACGAAAAGAGUGAUCCCAGAAUCGCACAUACCAUCGACUGUCUCCAGGGAAUGGGCAUAGAUGUCCAAUUAGGCGACAGGCAGGGCAUUGUAAAGGAGACGGACAACACUUCUGCUGCGCAGCCAAUAGUUUUCGAACCCACCACUCAUAUCAACCUCGAUCUCUCAGCAUUGAUAGCGCUCAUAUCUGACACCACCCACUCUCAUCUACCUCGUGAUCCAGAAGAAGCCAACGCACGAUUCAUCUCACCGCAACGCUACGUGGAAUGGAAAAAGCAGCGAGUACAAACGCUUUCUGACUCUACAAAUGGAACAAGCACAUGGGAGGACUCGGGAAUUCACUCAAGAGUGUUGGCAGACCAAGCUCAACAAGAGAUGAAGAAGGGCCUCUUGCAAGACAUGCACGACCGCUUGAGAUCCAUCUCCCCUACUCUGCAAAACAUCCAAUUUUGGACGACACAAGAGGCUCGCCAACGUUGUCUCCAGAUCGUGUACAAGAUCGCGGGGCCGAUAGAACGUCAGCGCGCCGAAGCACUGCUCUCUUCUUCCACAUGUUCUCAGACGACUACCAUACCUACCCAUAAUCAAUUCUGGGUGCAUUCACGAUACCCACCUAAUUUCAUUCCAUUGAUGCCCAUCAAAUAUUUCCCAUCCACAGAGCCUGACGCCACUUCUAUCGAGUCAUUUCAGCCGAAUCCUUCAUCACCUUUCCUGACGUCCCUUGCCUCGACCUGUCGGAAUAUAUUAUCCCAAGAAGAUAUCUCAAGUCUUCAGAAAUUACAGAGUCUGUCCGGGUCCGGUCACUCAGCUGCGCCUUACUUGAGUAACGACGAGGAUGACAUCCCACCGGCGGCGGUUACUUUAGCAAACCCGAAGCUCACGGUCCACACGGUCCGAAGCAUGCUGUGGGGAGCAGCGCUUGGAUGGACGACGUUGACCACAAAUAGAUCCAGUGUGAAAUCGCUACUCAAAGAGAUGAAACGAUCUAUUGGAGGUGGAGCAUUGGUGAGCGAGCCCCCUGGCGGAGAUGGAGCUGCUCAUGCGUCUAAAGCCGCAAUCUGGAUCGUGAACCCGCGGAGCUUAGCUGAAGGAAUGCGAUCAGAUUGUUGUAGCGAAUGAAACCAACAGGGUUAACGGUUUAGCACAAUGUAGGUUCUAUGAAUAAUGGGAGCGUCCUAAAUGGAAACCAAUCCGGAAGCAAAACUAAAACUACAUGUAUGGCCACAGCGGGCCUAU